AGGGGGAGAAUAUCUGAGAGGAGGGGGUGAAAGAGAAGCUGCAGCAGAAAGAAUUGGUGCAGGAUCAGAGGAGAAGCUGUGAGGGGGGGAGACAGACAGAGGGGGCGAGGAGAGACCCCCAUCCUGCCAUAUCCAUCUGAGGACCCCCCACAAGUCAACGAAGCUCCCUCCCCCUAGAGAUAUGUCCAGCGAGAAAACAGGCCCUCCAGACUCUGGACCACACAAUUCUCCUCCUCCUUACAACCAGCCCGUUGGGGAAGGCCCAUGUAAUGGAGUCAUCCCUGGAUACAAUGACCCCCCUCCUCAGCCAGCCACAGCAACCCUUCCUCGACAGGACCCUCAAGGAUACCUUCAGGAGACGCCAUUCACUGCUCCCCCACCAGCUCCUCAAGGGUAUGUGGUACAGACUCACCCUCCCGGCGGCACCAUACCAUCUGGGGGAUAUAUACCACAGGGACCAGGGUAUCCCAUGCACCUGCAGCCCUGCACUGCUUAUGUACCUGUAUACCCUGUGGGGACGCAAUAUCCAGCAGGAGCAGUUCCACCCCAGCCUGGGAUCCCACCACCUCAGAUCCCACCUGGAUUGGCAUUACUAGAGCCACGACGUCCACCUCAUGACUACCUGCCCAUUGCUGUCCUCACCACUAUCUGCUGUUUCUGGCCAACUGGAGUUAUUGCCAUAAUAAAGGCUGUGCAGGUCAGAACAGCUUUAGCCCGUGGGGACCUGAUGUCUGCAGAGAUAGCUUCCCGAGAGGCACGGAACUUCUCAUUCAUCAGCUUGGCUGUGGGCAUUGCUGCAAUGGUCUUGUGCACGAUCCUAACAGUGGUUAUUAUUAUUGCAGCUCAGCACCAUGACAAUGAGUGGGGGCCAUAAAUGACUCCCCAUGGGCCAAAAGGAAGACACCUGCCUUUUUCCUCUAUAUAUUUCUCUUCUCUAUCCAUUUUAGUUUAAGGCUUACUUUCUUCAUUCCCCAUCCUCCCUUAGCUAUGUCUUCCUAUUAUUAUUUCUUAGUUUCACCAUCUCUUUAUCUUAUUAAUUUCUACUGUGCUAUUUCUCUUAUUCCUCCUACUGAUUCUCAUUUAGAUAUUCUCUUUCAGUCUCUCUUCUACACAUUAUCUGAUUAUCUUCUAAUUGUUAUAAAUAAUACAGGUGCCAAAUGGGGGUAUUAUGUAUGGGGUUCUAGGAGCAUCUGGGGGUACUGUGCAGCUCCACAUGAGAGGUUGCAAAGGAUUAUGGGCUGAGGGUGCAAUUCAGGGAGACAGAAAAAUUGAAUGAGACAGAGAAUGAUGAUGUGCCUCUGUAAGAAAGAGAAUACAAGAUGCUGAUUCUCUCAGGCCAGAAGAUUUAGACAUGAGCUAGUUGGUCAUAGGCACAUUGGGAUAACAUGACAAAAAGACAAAAGAACAAAGUAGUUUUUCAAGAGGAAGAGUGUAAAAGAGUGUGUGUGUAACAGCAUCAACAAGCUAAGGGAACCAUGGAAUAAAAAGAAGCUUGUUGGACUGACUGCGAAAAUAAUAGAAAGUAUAGCAAAGCAAAAUGUGCUAAGCUAUAGUUUAAGAUACAAGCUGCUAUUUUAUGGAUACAUUUUUGGAACACUGUUUGAAAGAAUUAAUCUAAUAGUCUUUCAAACCAAUGUGUAUAUUAGCUAUAGCUUUUCUUAAAAAUGCCAUGUACCUCGCAGGAGAGUACUAGUAAAUGUGAGACACUACAAUAAUAGCAGGACAGACAUCCAGGAAAAUGAUUUCAGUGCCAAGAGUGGACAGCCUGAGCAAAAGAGCAUAUAAAAUGGAAACAUGAUUGGCAGUGGAACUGUAAAGUUUGCCUUUAAUUAAACUUUUAGUAUGUAAUAAAUAGCCUUUACUAAACAUCUGGCUUUUCUGUUCUGCAUUUUUUAGGCUAAUGUCCCACAGAGAAAUUACUUGCCAGCAAUAGAUCUCUGCUACCACGGGUGACUAAUCUCUCUGAAAUGCCUUUUCACCGACAAAAAGGGAAUUGCCAGUGGAAAGGCUUACUCAUUGCUUUUGUUUUUCAAAGUUUCCUCCUGCAGUCAACUUUGCAUGAUUUUAGAAAACCAAAGCAAUACUUGGCCUUUCCACCAGCUAUUCCCUUUGUUACCGGCGGAAAAGCAUUUCGGCAUUUUUGUGGUAGCAAAGAUCUCUCGCCGGUGACUUAUCUCUCUGUGGAACAUUAGCCUUAAACUGCAACUGAAAAUGAUAUAUUGUUGUUGGGAGAUUGAUUAUGAGGGUUCCAUUUUAUUGUUGUUUCUUGCUUCUAUGUUAUGUUUCAUUUCAGGCCCUCCUAUUCAUCUUCCAUUAUGACUUUGCUAGAGCAAUCAGAUAGCAGUCAAAAUUCAAAUCUAAAAGUUGCAGGACAGAAAAAAAAAAAUAUUUUAAAAACCAAAAGAUAAUAAAAAUGAUAACUGUCUUGGAAUACUGCUGUCUUUAUCAUACUAAAAGAUAAUUAUAAGGUGAACUACCCCUUUAAGACUUACUAUGAGACACUAAGCUGCUAUUGUGAAACAUGGUGUUUAGAAACUAAGAGGUGGUUCUUAUUUCUGUGACAAACAACUAUUUAUUGUUAUAACUAAUAGUCUCCUUAUUAACCACUAUUUAUUGGUUGGAAGGGUGCAUUGUGGGUAUUUAUUCAUUAGCGUUUGGAAUGAUAAUUUAGAUGCAUUAUCGAAAAUAAAUGAAUUAUAUUUAA